GCAGGCAACCGUCUCUUCGCGCUCGCGCUCGCUCCGGCUUUUUUUUUUUCUCCCUUUCUUUCCCCCCCCCUCGCAGGGGAGGGAGGGAAGGAGGGAAGGGGGAAGGUCUCACCGGGGUAGGGUCGUCGCUGGAGGGCCCCCCCCUCCCCAAACCUCCAAAUUUGGGGGCAGGCGGAGGGAGGAAAGGCGAGUGGCUUCGGCUGUCCCGCCUUCUGAGAGGCCUUUUUUGAGGGGCGCUUCUUGUAGAAAGAGAGCAUGAGGAGGAGGUGCUGGGGGGACGGACAGGACGCUCGCGUUUCGUAGCUGUGGGGUUUUAUGAAGGGUGUGUGUGUGUGUGUGUGGGGAGAAGGUAGAUGAACUUUACCUUGGGGGUGUGGGAGUGAGGUGUGUGUGUUUGUGUGAGGAGGAAUCCUGCCUGCCUGCUUGCCCGCCCGGAGAAGCUGCUCAGAGGGUCAAUUUUCUCGGAGACCCUCCCCCCUCAAACUUCUCCCGAAGUGGGAAAAAAAAAAGCCACUUCUUCUUCGUUUUCCCAUCCUAAUUUUCGGGGAGGAAAAAAAAAAAAAGAUUGGAAGAUUGGAUUGGUUUUCGAUAUUCUGGACUGGAGCGGCUCCCUCGUAAAUCCCUGCGAUUAAAAAGAACUGUGUGGAAGGGAAAGGAAGGCUUUUUUUUGAAUGGGAAAGGAAGGUGACAUGGAUUCGUUUAAAAAUAAAUAAUUUUUUUCCCCCCUGAGCCUUCCCUGUGGGAAGCAGCCAGCCUUCCCCAUUUCCUCGUGAAGGGAUUAGGCCAAAAAAAAAAAAAAAAAAAAAGCACUCUUGGAGGAAAAACAUUGAAUGAAGAAGGAUUUUUUUUCUCCUCCUCUGAUUUGAGGGAAACCCCCCCCUCCUACUUGGACGUGAAAAACGGGAGAGGAGACAGACCUUCAGGACGCCUUCCAAAAUGCUGCCUCUUAAGGCUUAGUCUGCAAAAAAAAAGAGGGAGAGACUGACUCCCAGGCUUGCCCUGUUUUUUUGCAGCAGAGAAGUGAUUUCAGGUGCUCAGUUCCAUAGGGAGGAAAUAGGAUUUUUUCUUCUUCAUUGCCGGCAGGUUCUUUCCUAGGUGGCAUCCGGGAUAUAAAAAUGUACUAGAGGCCUAACCUUUGGAAUAAAAUCUGACAUAACGCUUCAGAAGGGGUUGACACCCUUGCACAUCUUCCGAUUGCUUCCUUGUGCCCUGGCUGUUUGCUUUUCAUGUCUUCCGAGAUGUCGGAGCUCAGGAGGCGAGGAGGUGGUGGAGAUCAUGAAAGAGAAAGUGCGGGUGACAAGGAUAUAGAUGAAGAUGAAAAUGAAAAAUUUGGAGAACUGGACCUCAGAAAUGAUUCAGAAGUUCCUGAAGUUGUCCCAGCAACAGACAGCACUCCAGAAAUUUUUAAAAAGGCUCUUUCUGGCUUAUCUUCCAGAUGGAAGAACUGGUGGAUUCGUGGAAUUUUAACUUUAGCAAUGAUUUCAGGUUUCUCCCUCAUUAUAUACAUGGGAUCAUUUAUGCUGAUGCUGCUUGUCUUAACCAUUCAAGUCAAGUGCUUUCAUGAAAUCAUCACUAUUGGUUACAGAGUAUAUCGCUCUUACGACCUACCAUGGUUUAGAACAUUAAGCUGGUACUUCUUGUUAUGUGUGAACUAUUUCUUUUAUGGUGAGACAGUAGCAGAUUACUUUGCUACUUUUGUUCAGAGACGAGAACAACUUCAAUUCCUAAUUCGCUACCAUCGAUUUAUAUCUUUUACACUUUAUCUGGCAGGAUUUUGUAUGUUUGUAUUGAGUUUGGUGAAGAGACAUUAUCGUUUACAGUUUUAUAUGUUCGCAUGGACUCAUGUCACUUUGCUGAUCACUGUAACUCAGUCUCAUCUUGUCAUCCAAAAUCUGUUUGAAGGCAUGAUCUGGUUUCUUGUUCCAAUUACAAGUGUCAUUUGCAACGAUAUUGCUGCUUAUAUAUGUGGAUUCUUCUUUGGCAGAACACCAUUAAUUAAGCUCUCUCCCAAAAAGACCUGGGAAGGCUUCAUUGGUGGAUUCUUUAUCACAGUUAUAUUUGGAUUUAUUGUUGCUCAUCUUCUGGCACAAUACCAGUACUUUGUAUGUCCUGUGGAAUACAACAGUGAAACUAACAGGUUUGUCACAGAAUGUGAACCAUCAGAACUUUUCCAGCUAAAGAAGUACUCCUUACCAUCAUUGCUUCAGAUUAUUCUGAGAAAGGAAACCGUGACAUUGUACCCAUUCCAGAUGCACAGCUUUGCAUUGUCAACAUUUGCCUCUUUAAUUGGGCCAUUUGGAGGGUUUUUUGCUAGUGGAUUCAAAAGAGCUUUCAAAAUCAAGGAUUUUGCUGAUACUAUUCCUGGCCAUGGUGGAAUAAUGGAUCGUUUUGAUUGUCAGUACUUGAUGGCUACUUUUGUACAUGUCUAUAUUACCAGUUUCAUAAGGGGCCCGAAUCCCAGCAAAUUGCUGAAACAACUGUUGGUACUCCAGCCAGAGGAGCAAUUAAACAUUUAUAAAACUUUGAAAUCACACCUCAUCGAGAAAGGAUUCCUCCAACCAUCACUGAGAGGCUAGGAGGACUGAAUGAUGGACUACCAAGUGAAGCUCAGCCGGGAAUGCAAUUCUGCUUCGGAGGAGAGAGGUGUGUGGGAAUCAAGCCAGCCUGUGUCCAAAGAUAUGACUGUUUACGGAGAAUACUGUGAACACCCAGGAUGCCAUGCAAGAUUUUAAGUUUCUUUUUAACAACUGCAUGUUUUUGCAAUAAUUUAUAUUCCUGAAUUAAUGGAAUGAGACUUCUUGCUUUGGUCUUAACUGUUCUGUUCUGAGCAAUGAUGCACAUACUCCUAGUAAAUAAAAGUUAAAGAAACAA